AUGGGGCACCUUGUGACGGUUGCGACAUGCAGCUUGAACCAAUGGGUUCUCGACUGGGAAGGUAACCUCGGCCGCAUCAUCGAAAGCAUUCACCAAGCAAAGGCCGCUGGUGCUCGUCUUCGUGUUGGUCCCGAACUAGAAAUUUGCGGGUACUCGAGUCUGGACCAUUUCCAUGAGCUCGAUGUCUACACACACAGCCUGGAGAUGCUGGCCCAGCUUCUGCAGGACAAGAGCACUCAUGGCAUCCUCCUCGACGUUGGUGUGCCCAUCCUCCACCGGAAUCUGCGGUACAACUGCCGGGUUAUUUGCCUCGACGGCAAGAUUCUCCUGAUCCGGCCCAAGAUGUGGCUCGCCAACGACGGCAACUACCGCGAGAUGAGGCACUUCACUCCCUGGAUGCGCCCCAGGGAGACGGAGCUCUUUCACCUCCCCAAGAUCCUGGCCGAGUUGCAGGGCGAAACUCACGUUCUAUUCGGGGAUGCCGUCAUCUCCACUCCGGAGACUGCCUUUGGUGCCGAGACUUGCGAAGAGCUCUUCACCCCCAAGGCUCCGCAUAUCGACAUGGCUCUGGACGGUGUCGAAAUUAUCACCAACUCCAGCGGCAGUCACUUCACGUUGCGGAAACUCGACACCCGGUUGCAGUUGAUCAUGGAGGCGACUCGUAAGUCAGGCGGCGUCUACCUUUACGCAAACCAGCAGGGUUGCGAUGGCGAGCGCCUGUACUUUGACGGCUGUGCUAUGAUCAUUGUGAACGGUGAUGUCGUCGCCCAGGGGUCCCAAUUCAGCCUGAACGAUGUCGAGGUUGUGACUGCCACCGUUGACUUGGAAGAGGUGAGAUCGUACCGGGCGGCCAUCUCUCGCGGGCUUCAAGCAGCAGCAUCCACCGCCAAGUAUCAAAGGAUCCAGACGCCAUUUGAACUUAGUUCCGAGGACGGCGAUGCCGAUGUCACGGUGGCACCGACCCUACUGAUCCAGCCGAGGUAUCACUCUGUCGAAGAGGAGAUCGCACUCAGCGGUGGCUGUUACCUGUGGGAUUACCUCCGCAGAUCGGGCACUGCGGGCUAUCUCGUGCCCUUGAGCGGAGGCAUCGACUCGUGCGCAACUGCGGGAAUCGUCUACUCCCUGUGCCGCAUUGUCAUGGGGGGCCUAGGAGAAGGAAACAAGCAAGUUCUCGAAGAAGUCCAGCGCAUCCCAAAGUACGGCGGCGAGGGGGUUUUUACCACGACACCCCAAGAGCUCUGCAAACCGGGCUUCUCCCCCAUCUACAUGGGCAUGAAAAAACAGAGCUCGCGCGAGACGCCGCAGCGCGCCCAGGACCUGUCUGAGGCUAUCGGCAGCUACCACGUCAACCUCGACAUUGACGACGAAGUUGGUCAAAUGCUUUCCACCGCUAGGCAGAGACCUGGGGGCGGUAGUCUGUUGGUUCUAGGCAGUGCUAACGUUGGCGAGAGCCUGAGGGGCUACUUGACCAAAUACGACUGUUCGAGUGCCGAUAUUAAUCCCAUCGGUUCUAUUGAUAAGGCCGACUUGAAGCGCUUCAUUGCGUGGGCCGAGAAAAACUUUGACCUCCCGUGCCUUCAUGAGUUUUUGACGGCCGUUCCUACCGCCGAACUCGAACCCAUCACAGAGGAUUAUGUCCAGAGUGACGAAGCAGACAUGGGCAUGACAUACCAGGAACUGACCAUCUUCGGCCGCCUUCGCAAGCUCAACAAGCUGGGCCCGUUCGGCAUGUUCCAGCGGCUUGUGCACGACUGGAGUAUUGACCGCGUGCGCAAGCCGGACGACGACGCACCGUACUACACACCGACACAGGUCGCCGAGAAGGUCAAGAAGUUCUUUCACUUCUAUGCCAUCAACAGGCACAAGAUGACAACACUGACGCCGGCUUUGCACUGCAACGAUUACUCGCCGGAUGACAACCGCUUCGAUCUGCGCCCGUUCCUGUACCCGCCCUUCUGGAAGAGCUGGAGCUUCAAGCGAAUCGAUAUGGAGCUAGAGAAGAUCGAGAGGAAGCGGGCGAGUAGGAAACAGUGA